CUCUCGCGCUCUCUCUCUCUCUCUCUCUCUCUCUCUCGCUGCCACUCUCCGGAGGGUUUCUUCCCCAAAUCCGACGAUCCAUCUUUACGGCGAGCAUGAAUCUUUCCGCACAACUACACUAUUUUGAGCGAACCAGAUAUACGACAUUCUAAAGAGUAAAGGUUGGGCUAUACAAUCCUCGUUAAAUCCAAACACCAUCUGCAUCGGAGAUUGUUAUUCUGUUGAAGGGAAAGGAGGGUUUCUUGUAAUUGCAGAGACAGACAAUGCCGAAAGUUUCAGCUCUGGACAUGGAUGAUGUGCCCAUGGGCCAGCUGCCUCCACACCUUGAGCUCCAAAGAACCCGUGUAAUCUGCAAAUCAGAUGCACCAAUACAUACGGAAGGUAUUCAAUAUUCUGGGGCUUAUGCAUCAAUGGGGGUUGAUAAUAGCUUGCGGAUGGAUAAUUUCUGCAAUAAUUUUAGAGUUGAAGUAGUUCGACUCACAGAAGAUGAGAUUGAGUUUGAUAUGAUUGGGAUUGAUGCUUCACUGGCCAACGCAUUUAGGAGGAUCCUCAUCGCUGAGCUUCCUACAAUGGCUAUUGAAAAGGUCUUUGUUGCGAACAACACAUCAGUGGUCCAAGAUGAAGUCCUAGCCCAUAGGUUGGGCCUUAUUCCCAUCAAAGCUGACCCAAGGCUGUUCGAAUAUGUUUCAGAAAAUGACUCUGCAAAAGAGAAGAAUACAAUAGUUUUCAAAUUGGACGUCCAAUGUAAAAAGGGGGGUGGCCGUAUCAAAGUUAAGUCAAAUGAACUCAAGUGGCUGCCAAAUGGUAGUGAGUUUGCAGUGCCAUCAUCACAGCAAUCUCAAAAACCUAAAACCUAUACUUCAUUCAGUUGCAGCCAGGAUUCCCUGCCAGAAUUUUCCAACGAGCCAAUUGGCCCAAAGCAUCAAGAUAUUACUAUUGCUGUGCUUGGGGGAGGCCAGGCAAUUGAACUUGAAGCGCAUGCUGUGAAAGGUGUGGGGAAAACUCAUGCCAAGUGGUCUCCAGUGGCUACAGCAUGGUACAGAAUGCUCCCUGAGGUUGUGCUAUUGAAAGAAGUUGAAGACGCGAAGGCAGAAGAGCUUGUGAAUAGAUGUCCUGUUGAUGUGUUUGAUAUUGAGGAUGUUGGCAAGGGUAAAAAGAAGGCAACUGUGGCCCGACCACGAGCCUGCACUUUAUGUAGAGAAUGCAUUCGUGGGGGAGAUUGGGAAAAGUAUGUAGAGCUACGACGUGUUAAAGAUCACUUCAUCUUUACGAUUGAAUCAACCGGAGCAUUGCCUCCAGAAGUGCUGUUCACGGAAGCUGUGAAAAUUUUGGAAGAGAAGUGCGAGCGCAUCAUUACAGAACUUUCUUGAGGGUUUCAGUUUACGGGAAAAGGAUGAAAAGAUCCAAGAAUGGCUUUUGAGUAAAAAAGAUCAGUUUUGUAACUAUAAUCUAUUUCCGUAGAUUUUUCUAAUAUGCAGAAAAUGAAUUGUUUUUUUUUUUGCUUUGUGAACAGAAAAUCGAAAAAAAAAAAAAUCCGAUUUUCAUCAGCAUGGGGGUAUCUAACUCUUUUAAUUUAUUUCAAGUUUUUUAUGCAA